AUGUUUGCAAGCCUGCUGCGAAGAUCAGCAGCGAACAGCGCACAGAUAACGACGCUGCCUAACAAGAUACGCGUUGCAUCCGACGCCACUCCGGGGCAUUUCAAUUCACUCGGCGUGUACAUGCACGCAGGCUCACGGUUUGAGGGGGCACCCAACACGGGCAUGUCGCAUAUAGUGGAUAAGCUAGCCUUCAAUGCUACGCAGACGCGCGACGCUGAGGCCGUAUCCGACGAGAUCACAGCGCUCGGUGGUCAAUUCGUAGCUAGCAGCAGCCGCGAGACGCUCAUGUACCAAGCGGCGGUAUUCCGCGGCGAUACGCGUGCAGCGGUGGAUAUCCUCAGCGACACCAUCCUCCACCCGGCCAUCACGCCCGAGGUGCUCGACUAUCAGCUCCAGAGCGCACAUUGGGAGGUGAAGGAGAUCGAGAGCAAGCCUGAUCUGAUCCUCCCGGAGCUGCUGCACAACGUGGCGUACAACUACAACACACUCGGCAAUCCCCUCCUCUGUCCGGAAGAAGGACUAGAAGGCAUCACUACCGAUGGCGUGCAGCGCUAUUUGAAAGAGUGGUUCAAACCCGAGCGCAUGGUCGUCGCUGGGUGCGGAAUGGACCAUGACGAGCUGGUGCAGCUGACGCAGGAGUAUUUCGGCGGUAUGGCGAGCUCGAAAGGUCCGGAGAAAGACAGCUACACGCAUGACAGCGCCACGUACACUGGCGGUGAUCUCUACCUGGAAGACGCCUCACAAGAGCUAACGCACGUGUACAUAGCCUUUGAAGGUGUGGGCAUCAAUGAUGACGACGUGUACGCGACGGCCAUCCUGCAAAUGAUACUAGGCGGAGGAGGCUCUUUCUCGGCCGGUGGUCCAGGUAAGGGGAUGUACAGUCGGUGUUACACGCACGUCCUCAACUACCACCACGCGGUGGAUUUCUGCGCAUCCUUCCACCACUGCUACUCGGACAGUGGACUGUUUGGGGUGAGUGCAAGUGUGCUCCCUGCGUACAACCACAAGAUUGUCGAUAUACUCUGCCGUGAACUUUACCUCCUCACUAUGCCGUCCUUCCUUGGCGGUAUUAACCAGGUGGAGCUUGCGCGCGCGCGCAAUCAGCUUAAGAGCAGCCUGAUUAUGGCACUCGAGUCGCGGAUGGUCCAGGUGGAGGAUCUCGGUAGACAGGUGCAGGUGAAUGGGAAGCGCAUCGGUGUGGAUGAAAUGUGCGCGAGGAUCGAUGAGGUGGAUCUCGACACUAUUCGCAGGGUCGCGCUGCGCAUCCUAAAGCCGGAGAAAGGCUCGUUGAAUAACGGUAUGGGGUCAGGUAAACCGACCGUCGUGGCGCAGGGCAGGCUACGCGGGUUGAAGGAUGUCAGAGCUUCGCUGGCUAGCUAUGGCAUGUGA